AUUUGAAGGCGCGGAAGUCGUCAUGUGCGAUGUCUUUAACUACUAAAUAAGUUGAUGAAAACAUACUUAUUGAUGUGGAUGAACCGUAUCUGAAAUCUUCCUUUUCAGUGCUACUGUUCUACUUAGUCAGUUUUAAUGAUGAAAAACCAAUCGGAGUUAGGAGAGGAAUUGAAUGAAGCGUGCAGCAUUGGAGUUCUUGAGGAAGUUGUGAAAUUAGUAACUAUUGGAGCAGAUGUCAAUCAUCAAAAUAAAGUUAAUGGUAUGACACCAUUGCAUUGGGCGUACACAAGAAAACACCAGAAUAUUAUCGACUAUUUGUUAUCUAGAGGUGCUGACCCAGAUAUUACAAGGAGCGAUGGGAAAAAGCCCCAUGAAAUGCAAGAGACAAUCAAAACUUCCUUUGUUCCGAAUUAUCUGGAGUCUCCUUCAUUCCCGUACGUUAAGAUCAAUCAGAAUGAUCACCCUGUCCAAUCUAGUUGCCUACAUGAGUCUAUUUUAAAGAUAAGGUUAGCACAGUCUGAGGAAGAAGAUUUUUACGAAUUUGAAGCUCCUGUUCAAACCUGUAGUUAUGAUCAUUUCAUUCAAAUUAUUUCCAAAGAAUUGAAUAUUAUCCCGGAUAAAAUAAAAAAGAUACGUAAGCUACCAAAUACAGUUGUUCGUUGUGAAACUGAUUUACGACGUUUGUCAAACGGUACUGAACUUGAGGUUGUUCUUAUAGAUUAAUCAGUUGAAUACCAAAACUUAUUUAUCUAAUUCUAUUUUCAACACUCUUAAUUUUGGUAAGAUAUUAUUUUGACUUCUAAACACAUCGACAAGUAUAUCGGAUAUUUGAGCCAAACUGAAUCUCAGUUAUGUGAAUAACUUGCUUUUAAAAUGACCAUUUCUAACUUUAAAAA